CAAAGAGGUGCUCCUGGGUGUCUUUGAGACACUGAGCUGGGCCUUUGCGGCGAGAAGGAUCAUACGAAAGGCAAUGAGCAGGGUUAGGGGUGGGAAACAGCAUUCUAAAGGCAGGGUUAGGCAGCGUAAACGCGGAACCCAGCAAGUAGGAAAAGCAACGUAUCUCCGCACAUGCGUGCGGAGCCUCCCGCCGCUCACUGCCUGCGCAAGCACCGCAAGGACUCCCCCGUCUGCUCCCUUGUUGCCCAACCUUACGCAGCAGAUUCUGUCAGAUGAUGAGUCCAUGUACCAUGAAGAAACAGCCUCUGCAUCAGUUUGUCCAAAGACCACUUUUCCGUGCAACCUUAUGUAACACAGUAAGAUACAUGUUUAUUCAAACACAAGAUACCCCAAAUCCCAACAGUUUAAAGUUUAUUCCGGGAAAACCAGUUCUGGAGACAAGGACCAUGGAUUUUCCCACGCCAGCUACAGCAUUUCGCUCUCCGCUGGCUAGACAGUUGUUUAGGAUUGAGGGAGUAAAAAGUGUCUUCUUUGGACCAGAUUUCAUCACUGUCACAAAGGAAAGUGAAGAAUUAGACUGGAAUUUACUGAAACCCGAUAUUUAUGCUACAAUUAUGGAUUUCUUUGCAUCUGGCUUACCUUUAGUUACUGAGGAAACAUCUUCAGGAGAAGCAGGAUCUGAAGAUGAUGACGAAGUUGUGGCAAUGAUUAAGGAAUUGUUAGAUACCAGAAUACGGCCAACUGUGCAGGAAGACGGAGGAGACGUGAUCUAUAAAGGCUUUGAGGAUGGCAUUGUACAGCUGAAACUCCAAGGUUCCUGUACCAGCUGCCCCAGUUCAAUCAUCACUCUGAAAAAUGGAAUUCAGAACAUGCUUCAGUUUUAUAUUCCAGAAGUAGAAGGUGUAGAACAGGUUAUGGAUGAUGAAUCAGAUGAAAAGGAAGCAAACUCACCUUAAAAUAAUUUGAGUUUCCUUUGGGCCCAGCAGUCAGACUUGUUGGUAAUACAUACUAAGCUUUUAUUAUUAAUCUGCUGAGGAACUUGAAGAUUAAUAAAAUACGCGCUUUCUUCAGAGAAUGAUAUAUAAAUACUGCAUCUUUGCUUUACCUCAUAUGAGUUAUUUAUAACAUCCUGAAUCAUCCUCUGUACACAUGGAUUUUAUCCAGGGAUAUUUUUAUUUUUGUUCUUCAUUUCUCACGGUUCCUUUUUUGCAUAAUGUGUGAAGCAGUUCAAAGUCAACCACCCAUCUAAUGUAUUUACUUUUUUUAUACAGAAGUAAAUAGGAAGAAUGCUUUAUUUGUAUUUUUAUUUUAUUCUUUGGGGAUAUUCUAUUUUAUUCACAUUUAAAUUUCACUAUCAAACACGAAACUCGAAGUAUGUACUGGCCCUAUGUUCAGAGUUUUGAAAUAAAGAUAAAUGGACAGACA